CAAACAAACCGGAUCACUAGAAAGAAGCUCAUCAAAUUUAGGCCGCAUUUUUUAUCCGCUACUUCGUCACUCAGUACCGGACGCGGAGAACAGAGACGCGGAUGCUGUGUGUGGUACUGUUGAAUCUGGACACGAAAGCUGCAACGUACUUAAUGGUCUUGUUGUGCGAUCCCCUAUAUAGUCUUGGUACCGGAAUUACAACCCUGUUUCUUCGUACAACUUCAAGUUUCCAACCACGAUAACGAUAACAACACCAAACCAGGGCAAUUAUUCGGUGCUUUCGCUGCACAUGCAAUUUUACAGUAAGUAGAGAUCAGUCUGCCGAUCUUUAUCUAUCAGACCCUACGAAAGACAAGGUCUCAUUUUUGAUCUUUCCUUCGCCUUCCUUCAAACUUUUUUCCUACAUUACUGAUUCAUUUCCGUGAUCUUUCGCCACGACCGCGCGAGCGAUCUACUAUUUACGAAUUUAACAAGAGUUAGACUUUGAAGAACAGAACCCAGCAAGAAAAAAUGUCUCGCGACGCCGGCAAGCUUGCAGUGUUCAACCUGCCCGAUGACUGCAAGGAAUCGGAAUUGGAAGACCUGUUCGGAAAGUACGGAAAACUGACCCGUGCCUGCAUCCGGCAAACCCGGGGAGGCGACACCAUGGCGUUUGUGGAGUUCACCGAUUCAAGGGACGCCGAGGACGCAAAAAAGGACCGGUACAUAUUUAUUAUAAGUUGGUUUUAUUGCGGUCCUCAUACAUGGAGCAGCAGGUUUCACUUACACUUAGGUAUUAAUUUAAUACCAUGACAAGUUUUGUUUCGUUCGUCAUCUCAUACUCAGCAAGUUACUUAAAAGAUGCAAUGACUACAACAGCCACGGUUACGAGUUUGCCGAUCGCCGUCUCCGCGUGGAAUUCUCUGCCGUACCGCGUGGCGGCCGCGGGGACUCUCGGGGGCGCAAGGACUCCCGCGGACGACGAGAUUCCCGCCGCCGAGGAGGCCGCCGCUCCCCGCCGAGAAAGGGAAAGGGCAAGGGCGUGGGAUUGCGAGACUCGUAUUUCUCUUGGUUUUUGUUUUCUAUCAGUCGAUAAAGGACAACGAACUGCAUUUGAAUUUGAUACUAACGAGGUAGUACGCAGUGGAUUUUUCUUUUCUUCCGCUUGUUCUAGUUCUCAAUGUUAAUUCUGGCAUCAUGAGGAAGCGCAAUACAAAUGUUCCAGGUAUCACAAGGUUGAGGUGUCAGGGAUGCCGGAGACCGCGUCGUGGCAAGAUGUCAAGGACUUCCUGCGCAAGGCUGCAGCCGUCAAGUUUACGGACGUAUAGACUUCUUUAUUUUUCCGAAGGCUGUAGCUGUUAUUUCCGUAUCCGUGCCAUACUCUGUCAUGCGUACAUCAAAUGUAUCUCGACGUGGUCAUUCUUCUGGCAUCUGUCAUUGGGUUGCAGCAGGUAUCAUAGUUAUUCAUAGUUGCUGCAAAAGCAUCAGCAUGAGGAUGAAAAAUUACCAUCACAGAUCGACCCCCACCACCGUGACGUGGGUAUCGGCGGAUUUGAUGAUGAGAAAGAAGCCGCGCGGGCGGUGAAGGACCUCGACGACACUACCUUCACGGCGCGUGAUGGUACUUGAACUUUGCUUACUUUGCUCUGUAGUUGUUUUUCUUUUUGCUGCAUCCUUUACAUGUAUGACAUUCACAACGACAACUUGGGCAUAAUGCUAGAAUUCGUUGCCGUUGCGCCAACACCAUGCCAAAACAGUAUCGCUACUUGUAUUUACAACAUUUAGGUGAGAAGAAGCGCGUGCGCGUGCGACUGCUCGGCGCACCCGGCGAGGCGGGUGGAAAUCGUUCCCGUUCCCGAUCUCGUUCCCCUGCGGGCGGCCGCUCCCGAUCCCGCUCCCGUAGCCGCGGCAGCCGUCGCUAAGCUGAUCAGGUUGAUGGUAGUUGUGAGCAGGGUUGGAAACACCAACGAAAAUGUUUCUCACAACGUCGAUGCGAUACCGAUAGUUCCGGAGGGCAACUCUUCAGCUUUUUUUAUCGUGGCUUUUUACUAUAAGAAUCACAUGAUCACGCGACACAACUGGAUGUUCAUCGAAAGGAAUCUCUUUUUUUCACAGCGUAGCAAGACGAGCACAGCGAAAACUUUACUAGAGCAUACAGAGAACUACAGAACUACGGAAGGUACUAUUUGUUAAAAAACGGAUAGGAUCCUAUAUCGGGAUCUAGAUCAACGUCAACCACCGCCACGCGGAUGGGGGACCUGGAACGCGGAAGAACCUAUUGCAACUUAGUACGAAUUAUGAUAAACCGUUGAAGAAAUACGGUGGACCACCGCUCGGAUAGCGAGCACGGCGACUUCUCCAAUCGUCAACGCUUCUAUUCCUGCAGCUGAAGACCACGUCAGGCUGUACUACUAGUAGAUCAACUCCGUCGACAAUAUAUACACCGAAGACGAAUAAACCGGAUAAAGCAGCAAGGGAUUCUGAUAGCAUAGCGUGCUUCAAUCAUGCACAUGACAAUUAUGUAUCUACAACGGUGGGUGGACGAGAGGAGGAAGGACCGGCAAAGAUACCAAGGAAUUCCGCAGUUGUAUUUUUUUAUGAAAACAAACAAGCGAUGCUGGGACGAUGUUUAAUCUGCUUGCAAUAUGACCACGUUGACAGCAACAGCUGCGUGGUGCUGACGAGCAUGAAAGCUGCACAACUAGUGAUUGCACGACGGUGUUGACCCAUAGUACAACCACCUCGUGCUACAAAAAUCCCUUGCCAAAGAUAAAUGAAACUUGUUUCGCAUUCGACGCAGAAGUUCGAAAAGAUGAAGGCCAGCUGGAACAAAAGCGCAGGGAAUGAAACCAGAACGGAAAAAAAAAAACCUUUUCGUCCUCGUGUUUGAUGUUCGGAACUGAGCCACUCAGGCUUCUGAAAAUUCGAACACUG